CGGCCCGGUCGCCGCAGUGGUUCGCACGGCAGCGCGACGGGAGGUGUGUGGCUCUGAGAUCAGUGGUGAGCGGUGAGCGUGUGUGACACUGUGAGCACAAUCCGGCGACCGUGCGGCUGCGUGACCGCGGGCGGGGGCGCCGGUGGCGGUGGCAGCAUGUGGCUGGGGCUGGCGGCCACCACACUCCUGGCCGUCCUGCACUCAGUCCUGGGCGACUGUUUCUUUCCGUUCGAGUAUCACGGCACCUAUGCGGUGCAGACCGCGCCCAACCAAUACUCCGAGGUACUCAUCGAGAUCAACAGCAUCCUGCCGUACGGCUUCUGCCACAAAAAGGUCGAUGACAAUCUUAUUCUACGGGAUGGGAGUAACGGCUGUCUGCGCUGUUUCCAUAUGGCGGUCCGCUCUGACUAUUCCUGACCCGUCCCGCAGGAGUAACGGCUGUCUGCGCUGUUUCCACAUGGCGGUGCGCUCUGCGAACGUCCUGCAGCUGCACACGCGGGACCCUCAGAGUAGCUGCGCCACCAACCUCAACGACACGUACCGGCUGUGUCCGACGGCCGCCGAGCUCAGCUCCGAGGAGGCGAGGCGCCGCGGCCGCGUCCACGAAAUCAUCAUGUACAAGACGAAGACGCGGACGUCGGAGGAGCAUACGGCGCCGGUUUACUGUCCGAUCAGCGGCCGCUUCUCGUUCACAUACGAGUCGGAGGCGGAGGGCGCCGUCUGCCCGGGCACCAGCUCUCAACUCUCCUCCAACUGUCCGUACGGCUUCGGCCUCCAUCUGCACUUCCGCGGCUGCUCGUUCCAGAAGAACCUCAACGCCACGUACCAGUGUCUGGCAGACUGGGACGACGGCCGCGGCAGCCGCUACCUGACGCUGAUGGACGUGAACGCUGCGGGUACCGGUCGGCCGCGCUACAGAUGCGCUUUAUACCGGGAGGAGGUCGGCACCGGCCGGAUCUUCCUCUCGCUGUCCCCGGACGGCUCGUGUCACGGUCGUCUGCAGAGCGCCACGGACGGCCCCGAGCGGCUGGUGCUGUACGCGGCCCCCUCCCGGCCGUGGCCGCCGGCCGUGCGCCGCGCCACCUGUACCUUCCCGGAGUGGGCGCACGGCCACUGGCAGCACGCGCACAUCUCCGGCAACACGAUCGUCUACAAGGAUGUGGCGAAUUUAGCCAGCUACACAGCGCGCUGCGUCGGCGGCGGCGACGACAAGUUCGUCAUCUACACCCGGUCGCACUGCGGGGAGGAGCAGUACAACUGUAUCUGGCUCAAGGAGCGGGCCGUCAAUGUUAUGGAACUACAGCUCGGUCUUUCACCAAGUCCUCGCAUCUCUAACAGCUUGUGCAGUCCACAUCGGUUUGAGGACUCCGGAUGGAUAACGCAAGGACGCCAGCGUAUAGUCGAGGAAGCCUCGUGUCCCGUGUCGGGAGAGUACGUGGGCACCAUCCCGGCCACCGGCGGUCAGCUGUGCGCCCGGCUCUCCUCCGACUGCCGCCGGCCACAGAACAUGCUCUACACCGUAACCAGCUGCGUCGACAGCACCGACGUCUACGAAGAGCGCCAGUACCGGUGUCUGGGCACCUGGCGCGAGGGGGACGUGCUCUACACGUACACCCAGCGGCUGGACGCGCUCACCUACGAGUGUUUCGCCGGCCGGGUGCUGCCCGACGGCCGGGUGUUUAUUGGGGACGCCAGCACGGAGACGGGCUGUCGGAGACACGUCGACCCGGCCACCAGUGGCAUGCUCAUCAGGAGGACAGCUCCGUGUGUGGGUGAGGACGGCACGGUGGACGACCCUGUACCGACCGACCGGCGACUGCGGCCGUCCACGGACCUGGAGCGACCCUCUGUCAGCGUUACCGGGGCGCCGACAUCCGCGCCCCGACCGCCGCCCACCACCCGGCGCUCCUGGAGACCCAUCACAGCGCGGCCGGACCGGCGCAGUUCAGCCGGCCACCGCCAGGUGUCAGCGCCAGCGCUGGCGGCCCUGGCGGCGGCGCUACUGCUGCUGGCAAUGUGACCCCGCCGGCCGGGCCCGAGGAGAGCGCCCGUAUCCAUGUUCCUCUACAAGUCAGAAGCGCGCGGACCGCUACCCACUGUGAUAUUAUUGUGUGACGUAUCGUAUGUUUAGUUGGACGAUGUGUUUUAUCCAUAAUCGGACGCUGUGCCGUUGUUUGACUGAUGACUGAUUCAGAGUCCCCGCUCUGGACUGAUGGACUGAUGGACUGGAGCCAGGACUCAGCAGGGAGAGGCGGGUCAGGGCUGCCUCCCGGCCCAGCUGCGGUAUAUGAGUGGAUUGCGAGAGAAAGUAGAGUAGCUAUAUCAUGCAUAUUGCAUAUGGACCUCAUAGUAAUUGCAUUGUAUCAAACGAACAUAAACAAUGAACCAGUGUGCUACUGUGUCAUGACAUGCCUGUAUGUAUAUCUGAAAUGCAAGACAUGCAUAAAA